GCAGUUGGAAAGCUUGGUGUCUGGGAACCUCCUGACCACUAUGGACGAGUCAUUUCCGUGUUAGGCCCUCAGCGCAACGAUGAAGAUGCGUGUUGUCUACAUUGCAGGCGCAUGAGGAGCAUGGCAAGAUACCGGUAAGAAUGAUCAGAACAUGGAGGAACCGCGAGUCUGUAUGCAGAGCACAUGCCUCAUCGGCAUAGCACUCAGUGACUGCCUACUGAGAAGUAAGCACCUGGAGCGUCUCUCAAGGAACCACAAGUCCCAGACAUGCUACCGCGGUGAUGCAGGAAUUCGAAAAUGACCAGUUCACACUGACAAGACGGCCUACAUAGAGCAGAUCAUGUCAACUCAGUACCUUCUCACGCCGUGGGGCAAAAUGUCCUCGCAGGUGCAACACACAAGACGAUACGUGUCCUAUUUUACCUUCGCUGCUGCUCCUGGAAGAAGCCCCACCAGAGCAAGCCAGCAUCUAAACUCUAAACCUGCUCUCUUCCUAUUUUGCCUUUCAUCUCUCCAACCGUCUAGUAUUCCUUUCAUUGGGUGCUUGACGGGCAGGAGAAAUUCCUGCGUUCAGGAGGAUGCACUCGAUACUUCUCCGAGCGGUAACCUGCUUUGUGUUAUUGCUGCUAUUGGAACAUGCAGAUUCCUGGCUCGUGAAAAAGCAAGAUGGCGGUUGGUCUUCCUGGACGAGUGGCAGCUGUUCUGCGCAUUGCGGCGGGGUCGGCACAGGAACGAAGACUCGCAAAUGCAACAACCCGCGUCCAGCAUACGGAGGAGCAAACUGCAUCGGUUUAUCGACGACUACGUCCUUAUGCAUCGGCCCGUGCAACGGAGGUUGGUCGGCGUGGAGCAAAUAUUUACCAUGCACACAAACGUGCGAGGGCGUACAAACUCGCUUUAGAUUAUGCAUCAACCCUCCGCCCUCCGGCGGUGGAAAGAAUUGUGUGGGCAGCUCCCUAGAGAGGAGAGACUGUGGCGUGACGCAGUGCCCCGCGGUCGACGGCAAAUGGUCGACUUGGUCCGACUACAGCGCCUGCAGCGCAACGUGCGAGGGAACCCAAACUCGAACCAGAUCUUGCACCGCACCGACGCCAGCUCACGGAGGCAAGAAUUGCCCCGGCAGCGCGAAAAGUGAAUCUCAAGACUGUGGCACGACGGACUGCCCGGUAGAUGGCAAGUGGUCGAAGUGGACGGCAUACAGCGCCUGCAGCGCCACUUGCGAAGGUACAAAAACUCGAACAAGAUCUUGUACAGCUCCCACCCCAGCUCACGGAGGUAGCAAUUGUUCUGGAAGCGCCAGUGAAACGGACGACUGUGGUACGUCCGAUUGCCCAGUAGAUGGCAAGUGGUCGACUUGGUCUGCCUACAGUGCCUGCAGUGCCACUUGCGAAGGAACGAAAACUCGGACGAGAUCUUGCACAGCUCCCGCCCCAGCUCACGGAGGCAGCAAAUGUUCAGGAUCCUCAAGCGAAUCAAAAGACUGUGGCACGAUCGACUGCCCAGUGAAUGGCAAGUGGUCGAAGUGGACGGCAUACACCGCUUGCAGUGCCACUUGCGAAGGAACGAAAACUCGGACGAGAUCGUGUACAGCUCCCGCCCCAGCUCACGGAGGCAGCAAAUGUUCCGGAGCCUCAAGUGAGACGGAAGACUGUGGCACGACUGACUGUCCAGUGAAUGGCAAGUGGUCGAAGUGGACGACAUACAGCACCUGCAGUUCAACAUGCGAAGGAACGAAAACUCGAACAAGAUCGUGUACAGCUCCCGCCCCAGCUCACGGAGGCAGUAACUGCUCUGGAAGUUCCGGUGAAACAAAAAACUGCGGCGUAUCCAGCUGUCCAGUUGAUGGCAAAUGGUCAGCGUGGUCUGUAUAUAGCACGUGCACGUCGAGUUGCCUAGGAAACCAAAGCCGCACGAGGUCGUGCACAGCGCCGUCUCCUGCCCAUGGGGGCAAGAACUGCUCCGGAAGCUCAACCGCAGUGCAAGCAUGCGGUGCAGUUCAUUGUCCGGUUGACGGGAAAUGGUCGACCUGGUCCAAUUACAGCACCUGCAGCGCAACGUGCGUGGGAAGCCAAACGCGAACCAGAUCCUGCACCGCCCCGAUACCCGCUCACGGAGGCAAGAAUUGCUCGGGCAGCGCAAGCGAAGCCCAGGACUGCGGCGCGUCCGACUGUCCCGUCGACGGCGAGUGGUCGCGAUGGUCGGCGUUCCUGGCGUGCAGCGCCACGUGUAACGGAACCAGGACACGCACAAGACGCUGCACUUCGCCAGCACCGGCCCACGGCGGAAAGUCGUGCUCCGGUAGCGCUGGCGAGCGUCAGAACUGCGCACCGCUCGUCCAUUGCCCGAUCGACGGUCUCUGGUCGCCAUGGUCACCAGCACGUGGUCCGUGCAGCGUGACAUGCGGGGGACUGGGAACGCGCUACCGCAGCAGAACCUGCAGCAGUCCAGCUCCACAGUACGGUGGUCAAAACUGCACUGGAAACAGAACAAUGGAUGUCUCCUGUUCCUCCACAGAAUGCCCAAAAGAAACAGAGCUGACCAGCCCACCAACAUCAUUGGCUGCUACAACCGACCGUAGCAGUUUGAAGAAGAAAGCAGUGAAAGUGCUGACCAGCAAUGGUCUACCGGUCUCAUCGUCUUCAUUCCUCAAGACACUGCAUCGCUCAGGCGCAGCAGCGCAAUCGCAUCUAGCGUUCAUCAGGUCGGUCAGCGCUAGCCACAUCAUCCUGCCCGAUCGCUGGACUGGUGGGGCGGUUACAUCACCAUCGUCAACCUCACUGCUCGUGUUCGACCCGAUCAGAUCCAACUCAUCAAAAGAUUCCGGCGCAGCUUCUUCAGCCAUGGCGAUGGCACACGUCGUUGCUAUCGCCAUUGGCUCGCUCGUGUUUGGCGUACUGCUGAUCAUUAUAUCCCGCCGUCGCUCAAAGCCGCACAGCCCGACAGACAACAGUGGUAGCGAGGAAUACUCAAUGCCCAGCAUCGACCGCCAGCACAAUGCCGGUGUCGUGAUGGCCAACAACACGGCGUAUGGCUGUAGCUCCGACCUUGCCGUGUCGGCUAAUGAAGGCAGCCAGGACAGCGUUGCCACGACAAACAUGGAGAUCGCUACACACACGCGUGAUGACCUCACGGAGAGGGGAUACGAGACCUAUGCGAGCAUGUCGGAUCUUGUCGCCGGCACGCUUGACGAGAGUGACCGGUGUGGCAGCGGUGCGAAUGCAACACCCGCCGACAACACGUAUGCCAUGACGCAUCACAACAGCACUGACCAACACAGUGAUGGAGUCAGCAUCGACGCCUAUAGCUGCAGCCAAGAUAGCGCUACUGGAAGUGAUGAGAGGCCACCGGUCGCAUGUGAACGAGAGGAUUCGGAUGAGAGUCGACACGACGUGUACGCGUGCAUUUCAAGAGUGGACGUGCAUAGCAAAACCUGUCACGGGAGAAGCAACGAGAACGCCAUGCAUCAGAACGAUGCGUACGGCUGCGUGCCUGCCUGCGACAGCAACGCAGCUCCCAGGCCGGACGCCACACCAAGUCCUGAAGCACAUAGCUACGAUCAGAAUUGCGUCAGGGCGAACGAUGAAACCUCCGCUGGCCAACGAGAUGACCGCCACGCGAAUGACAAUGUGACAUACGCAUGCGUUCCACACUCGGCCAUGCUCCAAGGUGGAAACUGCAGCAGGGGUAACGAGAUGGAGACGCAGUACAACGUCACCUACGGCUAUUGGAAAGACUCUUCCGCGUCCAGUAGUUCACGUCCAGCUAGGCAAAAGAUGGAUUCCGGCGGCAAUGACAAUGACGUAUACACGUCUGUUGCUGGUGCGGCCGCAUUCAACACACACGGCUAUCGGAAAGACUCUUCCGCGUCCAGUAGUUCACGCCUAGCCUGCCAACAGACGGAUAUCGGCAGCAGCGACAAUGACGUAUACACGUCCGUUGCUGGCGCGGCCGCAUUCGACACCGAUGACCACUGCAAUGGUAGCAACUUGGGCAUGAGUGACAAUGUCGCGUAUGGUGAUCGGAGAGACUCUUCCAUGUCCAGUAGUGCAUAUUUCACCCUCGAAAAGACGGAUUCCUGCGACAACCAUGACGAUGUAUACACGUCUGUUGCUGAUGCGGCCGCCGCAUUCGACAACGACGACCACUGCAACGGUGCCGAGAUUGAUAUGCACGACAAUGACGCAUACGCCUGUGCGUCGGCGGCGGCCUCGAGCUGCAACAACGACUCCCUCGCACUCACGGCUGUGCCGCACACCGGCGUUACCCAGGAUGGUGGGGCCAGGUUGCACGACGGGACUCCCGCCAGGCGACCAAACAAGUCUGCGGCGAACGAUUACCAAAUGUGCAGUCGUAAUCCUGGCUCGGCUGCCUUCGGAGAUGGCAAUCGCGGCGGAGACAACGGGACCGAAAUGCAUGACAACGGUGCGUGCAGUUUGGGACAAGCCUCUGCUGAUUCAAGUGCCCAAGUCCGUACUUGCCAACAGAGUGAUUCGGGCGGGGACACGCAUGACAUCUACGACUGUGUCUCCGACUCAGCGAGGCUCCAUGCUCGCACUCGCACCGGGAGAGAUGACGAGAUCGACAUGCACAGAAAUGACGCGUACGGCCUCACGCCUGCCAGCAACUGCGGCCAAAACUCACCCGCAACGAAUGCCGAAGAAGCCCUUACCUGCACGCACCAUGAUGGAAAGCCGAGUGUGGGGAUUCCGACGUGCCAGCAAGAUGGGGCCACCAGUGGUUGUAGCGGCGAGACUUACGAAUCCAUUCCCCAUCCGACCAUGGUCGGACAGGGCAACAGCAUUGGCGAAGUGGAUGACAUCAUCAUGCACGACAACGAUGCAUACGACUGUUGCCAUGGCAGCAUUGGCGAAGUGGAUGACAUCAUCAUGCACAGCAACGAUGCAUACGACCGUUGCCAGCGCAACUUUACUGCAUCAUCACAUGAUGUCGUUCGCAUCGGCAUCGGCGAAGGACAAGGUGCUACCAGGAAAGAUGCUGCUGAGAAUGAUGAUGCCGUCGAGAACGGAACCGAAGUCUAUGCGUGCGUCCCUGAUUCGCCAGCACCCACGCACAGUGGAGGUGAUCACCAUACAGGAGGCAUGGGCAUAGUCCUGAGCAGCAACGAGGCGUACGCCUGUGGUAUAUCGGUUGGCAACAGUGCACACGAAGAGGAUUAUUACGCCGCUGCUUCAUUUUAACACCACGCUACACGCCUUGCAUGGAGAAGCUGCCUGCUGGCAAUGCAGCGGAGUCUGCGCUUCAUGGCGAAUUAGCGGACUUUGACUGGCCAAUGAAUGCAAUCAGCUGGAACACAGUCAAUAUGCCAACCCGACAGACACGCAUGAAUGCACCCCUCACACGAGAAUCUGCCAGAACACAGAAUAUUAUGUAUACUAGUAUAAUAAUCCCAGCUCAAUGCUCAAAAUUAAUCAUCAGGAGUUGCAUUGAAGCUCUGCACGUCUUAACACGCGCAUUGAAGCUCUGCAUGUCGUGCAUGGAGCACUUUGAUCCGCCAUCUUUUAAAAGUUCUUCUGUGAAUGCACCACUCCACAGCUUCGGACUUGACAUUACGCCUCUAAAACGUAAGAUAACAAUCAUGUUCUACAUGUAUGUGCAGCGUUGCUGUCUCCCAUUUCUAGCCAGGAAAAAUUACGACUCCCUGUGUCUAGCUAUCUCGCAAUCACUUGCACUGCCGUGUUACUGACUUUCAACCAGGGAGUCGUAAAAAUACCACUCCCUGCUUUCAACCAAGUUAUAUUUUAAAUUUUGACUUGAUAUCACAGCACAUUUCCUGAAGAUGAGCCUUGCCGCAUGCCCGUGAUUCCGGAUGAUUAAAAAAAAAUCUUUUUCAUUGA